AAAAAAUUCAUCGGAACUCAAGGAUACACGGGACGCAGUUAGAUAGAGAAGUCUACUGGGGCUCUUUCAAUUUGUAUCUUACAUUCAGACACAUAUCGUCUGCACAAUCAAAAUCCACCGGUUUUGACAUGCCACCACCAUCCAAGCGUCGCAAAACUUCAGUGGUCCAGGAAGUAGUCUUCGAUCCUGUAGCACGGCACGAGUACUUGACGGGAUUUCACAAGCGCAAGCUAGCACGAAUAAAGCAUGCACAAGAGAUUGCACUGAAGAAAGAGAAAGAGGAGAAGCGACGAGAGAGAAUUGAGCUAAGAAGACAACGGCAGCAACAGCUGGAGGAUCAUGUCAAGGCUAUCAAUGAUAGUAUGAAGAUUUUGAAUGGUACAGGAGACGAAAGUGGGGAAGACGAUGAUAAAGACGACGACCGUGACACCGAGAGGGACGACAGUUGGGGUGGGUUUGAUGUUGAAGCACCCGUCGAAAGCAAAGACGAGGAAUAUGUUGAUGAGGACCAAUAUGCUACUGUCACUGUUGAGGCAGUUGAAAUCACAAGAGACGGGAUGGAAGCUUAUAAGGGCUCGGAACAAGAGACUGAAAGCAGCGAAGAAGAGAGCAGUCAAGAAUCAGGCACAAGAGCCGAAGCUGUGGCCCCAGAAAAGAAAACCAAGCGGCUAUGGUCGAAGAACAAGCUGGUAAGCGAGAAACCUAAGCGCAAGAAGAGCCGUAACUUUAGGUAUGAGAGCAAGGAGGUCAGAAAACUCAACCGAGCACGCGAACGAGCCAAGCGUAAAGCGCACGCAUUGUCAAGGAAGUCACGCAAGUAAUAUUUGUAACUUUUAUGAGAUCAAUGAUACCCGGAUUGAGACGAGGGUUUUCUCUUUUUUUUUAGUAUUUUUGAGCUACGCGUUAGGGGAAUCCUCUUCUACUAGGC